ACACAGCCCAACUGCUGUGUAUAAUGACCGAAGGAAAAUUGCCAAAAAUCAAUCUGAUCAGUGGCGGUUCUAUUGUAAGCGCUGAGGCAGUAUGGGAUCACGUCACCAUGGCCAACCGGGAGUUGGCGUUUAAAGCAGGAGACGUUAUCAAAGUCCUGGAUGCCUCCAAUAAGGACUGGUGGUGGGGUCAGAUUGAUGAUGAAGAAGGAUGGUUUCCCGCCAGCUUCGUAAGGCUAUGGGUUAACCAAGAAGAUGGCGUUGAGGAAGGAACUAGCGAAGUACAGAAUGGGCACUUGGACCCAAACGCUACUGACUGCCUCUGUCUCGGUAGAACCCUUCAGAACCGAGACCAGAUGAGAGCUAACGUCAUCAACGAAAUCAUGAGCACUGAACGCCAUUAUAUCAAACAUCUGAAGGACAUAUGUGAGGGUUAUUUGAAGCAGUGUCGGAAGAGAAGAGACAUGUUCAGUGAUGAACAGUUGAAGAUCAUCUUCGGCAACAUUGAGGACAUCUACAGGUUUCAGAUGGGCUUUGUAAGGGAUUUGGAGAAGCAGUACAACAACGAGGAUCCCCAUCUCAGUGAAAUUGGGCCAUGUUUUUUGGAGCAUCAAGACGGCUUCUGGAUCUAUUCUGAGUACUGUAACAACCACUUGGAUGCAUGCAUGGAGCUCUCCAAGCUGAUGAAAGAUGGCCGGUAUCAGCACUUCUUUGAAGCGUGCCGUCUCUUGCAGCAGAUGAUUGACAUCGCCAUCGAUGGGUUCCUUCUGACCCCUGUGCAGAAAAUCUGCAAAUACCCCUUGCAGUUGGCAGAACUGCUGAAGUACACUGCCCAGGACCACAGUGACUACAGAUACGUGGCUGCAGCCCUCGCAGUCAUGAGGAAUGUGACUCAGCAGAUAAACGAGAGGAAAAGGAGGCUGGAAAACAUUGACAAGAUUGCUCAGUGGCAGGCCUCAGUUCUGGACUGGGAGGGGGAUGACAUAUUGGAUCGCAGCUCUGAGCUGAUCUACACAGGGGAGAUGUCCUGGAUUUAUCAGCCUUACGGACGAAGCCAACAGCGCGUCUUCUUCCUCUUUGACCACCAGAUGGUUCUCUGCAAAAAGGAUCUAAUAAGAAGAGAUAUCCUGUACUACAAAGGGCGCAUUGACAUGGAUCGGUAUGAAGUCGUGAAUAUAGAAGACGGGAGGGAUGAUGACUUCAACGUGAGCAUGAAGAACGCCUUCAAACUUCACAACAAGGAGACAGAGGAAAUUCACUUAUUUUUUGCCAAGAAGCUGGAGGAGAAACUGCGGUGGCUGAGAGCUUUCCGGGAAGAGAGGAAGAUGGUACAAGAAGAUGAGAAAAUAGGCUUUGAAAUUUCUGAAAACCAGAAACGACAGGCUGCCAUGACAGUAAGGAAAGUCAGUAAACAAAAAGGUGUCGGCUACUCUCGGUCAGUUCCUCCAGCCUACCCACCACCCCAGGACCCAUUAAAUCAGGGACAAUACAUGGUGACGGAUGGCAUAGCCCAGCCCCAGGUCUACGAAUUCACCGAACCCAAACGCAGCCAGUCACCAUUCUGGCAAAACUUCAGCAGAGAGCGAAAAUGAAACAUCCAUUAUUUUUAUGAGAAGAUGCUUCCUAAAUAUUCAGCACUAGGAAAAAAAAGACACCAACUUCGUCACACCAUUAUUUGCAUCAUAACUCAAGACGCGCUUGGUCUGACAAGGCCGCUUGUUCGACUCCCAGCUCCUUUCAUAUGUGGAAAAGCCCAAAGGGAAGAGCUUUGCUGACUCAGUGCCAAAGCCAAGCAUCGGGCAGAGCAGAUGCAGGCAUUUGUUCCCGACCGAGGGGGUGUGCUUGCCCCUCCUAGUGGCAUUCAAGAACUCUCCUCCUUCCAAUGCGUUGCCAAGGUGCUACAAGGAAUGAAGCGUCACUGCAACGAAGAACCAGCAACGGGUUCCCGUUUUACUACCUGCCGAUGUUCUUGAUUGGGAGGGAGGUGUUGG